GAAAUAUAAGUAUGGUGAUUCAGUUAAAUUCAAUAUUAUGCUUGAGAAAUUUCUGUGGAAUGAUCAAUUCCUCUCAACGAUCUGUUUCUAAAACAGUACCAUUUAUGGGAUCUAUUAGUAAUCGCAACAUUAUUUUCAAUUUUGAUCAAUGGAACCUUUUGCAAAUCCCACGUCGAAAUCGUAGAAGUGAAGAGGUGAAAAGAUAUUAUUCGGAAACUGGUGAUUAUAACCCUCCAAAUCAAGAUACUAUUGAUAGGUUUAAACGUCUUCGUUGGGGUGCAUAUAUUCAUGCACGAGCUGGUCGAGCUAAACACUUAUAUCGACGAAGUGAAUCUGAAUUAAAUCGGCGUUCUGAACAUAUUUUGACCAAUCGUGCAACAUCAUUUUUAAUGGACAAUAUGCUCAAUCGACAAUGGCGAAAACCAAAAUAUUAUCCAAAUGAUAUUUAUGAACCAUAUCAUAAGCGAACUGGAGUUCCUUGGGAUUAUAGAUUGCGGAAACCGAAAUUCUUUCCUUAAAUGUUAAAAUAAUUCUUAGUCAAAUUUGUACAUCAAAUGUUGCUAUUAACUAUACUUCUCAUAACUAACUCACAUUGGAAUUAAGACGAGUCAUGGACAUCUAUACUUUUUUUUUAUUACUUUUGUUCUAUCAACUCAAGGAAAAAUAAAUUGAGAAAAGUAGAUAAGAAACCGGCUUGGACGCAAUAAAUCGCGCUUUUAAAAGUUCACUGGUUGUUAGAGUAAUUUGGCUACCUUUUUAAGAUUAAAUCAUGCUCUUUAUUUUGUCUAACAUUAGUUAUUGUCUUGAUAAGUUAUCGUUAACAGAUCCUAUUAGUAUUACCGAUAAUAAUAGUUUUGUUUAUGAAUCGGUUCCGAGAAUACUGUUGAUUUGUGAUCGUUCUUAUCAAAGAUUUUUACUUAGAGGUUUUACCAGUUUGUUGAAUUAUGUGAUACAGAGCUCUAGUUUGUGAACAUGGAUUAAUAUGGUAGCACACAGCUCAUGUUGGAAUUCCUUCCGUCAGUUUAAUUUGUGUUGCAUAUAAAUAUUUCGAUUUAUGCAUUUGAUCAAUCUCAAACGUUUUAUUCAUUCUACUUUACACAACGUACAUCUAGCACCACUCAAUGAUGAUAACAUUGAUGCUCAACUAUAAUUUACUGUGCAGUAAAAUCUUUUCGCGUGUCAAUUACACUUCGCUUUUCGAUACUGUAUAUCGGACUAUAUAAAUUUUCUAAAAUUCUCGUUCACUAAAGCAAGUGUUUACAUGCGUAGUACUACUAGGAGUUUGUUUCUAUUAUAUUUUUAUCCUGUUUAUCGAUGUAUGAUUUUGUACUGAAAACUAUUAGGUCUGUUAAUUAAUACUUUAAUAUACAUGAAAA